AAAGUAACAACUUAAAUAAUAAAUUAAAAGAUCUUUUAAUUUAAGUGGAAUUAUUUUUUGAAAAUAAAGUUUUAAUUUAUAAAAAAGAAAAAAUGCCGAAAUAUUAUUGCGACUACUGCGACACAUAUUUAACCCACGACUCGCCAAGUGUAAGAAAGACCCACUGCCAAGGGCGAAAGCACAAGGACAACGUCAAGUACUUCUACCAAAAAUGGAUGGAAGAGCAAGCCCAGCAUUUGAUUGACGCGACAACGGCGGCUUUCAAGGCCGGAAAAAUCGCCUCGAAUCCGUUCGCGGCAAACAAGGGUGUCGCGAUUCCCCCACCCCCCAAUCUAGGACCCAGACCAGGAGUAGCAGGCCCACAAGGCCCAAUGGGAAUGAUGCCUCCGCCGGGAAUGCACCCUGGUGGCCCGAUGGGACCGGGAGGCCCGAUGAUGAUGGGUCCCCACGGUCCCAUGCCGCCGAUGAUGGGAAUGCGGCCUCCCAUGAUGGGCCCCAAUGGUCCGAUGAUGAUGGGCCCCAUGGGACCCAUGACUCAACUCAGACCACCGAUGAACGGACCGCCACCACCCAUCAACGCUCCGCCGCCAAUCAAGAAGUAAUUUAAUUAAGUGUACGAGUGUUUUGUAAUUGACUAUUUUUUUUCUUUGACAAGUUCCCAAAUAAAUUCAU